AUGCCGAGUCUGUCGGCGAGCGAGACGGAGUUUCUGGCAGAACAGGAACUGAUAAUGAUCAUGCCACAUUUCCACCUUCGCGACCAUAACGGCAUGCUCAACUUUAUCUGUGGGAAUUUUGGACCUUUUCAACCGGGAAUGACCAUGCAUGUGCCACUGUGGCUUGCCAUAAUGCUUAAGCAAGUUCACAAGUGUCGAAUUUUGGCACCAUCAUGGCUCUCAGUUGAUUAUUUGAGUGCACAAUUGGAGCGAGAGAAAACAAGUGAAGUGUUUGAAGAGUUGCCAUUUCAUUAUCUCGAAAUUGCGUCACUUUUACUUCAAAAUGCACCAGAAGAUCUCGAACAAAGUGAGCACUUGCGUAUACUAUUGGAAGAUUUACAAAAUGUCCGACAAGAUAAAAUUCGCAAUGGUCUUGCCAAAAUUGCCCUCGAUGUUCAAAAUGGGGGUACAGCGCUUGCUAUUCAAAUGAACAAUAUCUCUGCACUUGAGAUUACAUCUGUGCGCGAGUUUAUGCUUGGGUCUCUGAAUCAAUUUUACCAAUUAUCGCAACUUACGGCAGGAUCAGGUGACAACGAGUCCCAAUUGCAAUCUCAAUCUCAAUCUCAGGAACAAUCUGUUUCUUCGUCAGCGGAAGGUCAAGCAGCUCGUCGACUUCUUCGACGACAUCGUGGGUAA